AUUGAUGGAUCCUUCCAUUCUCCAGCAUGGCAUGCCGCACGCCUGGCAGCCUUGCAGACGACCAACACGCUCACGUGGGAGGAGUGGAAGGCUCAACGAAAGGAGGAGGCGAGGAAACAGCAGGAAAUGGAGGGUUUUGAGGAGGUGCGGAUGAAGGAGUACCGGGCUCAGUUGGACAGCGAGCGAGAAGCGAGGCUGUCGCGAGGACGAAAUCACGCAGAUAAACGCGGGAAGCUAAAAAAGAACAAGGACAAAGAUAAGAGCAAGAAGAAG